UUUAUUAUGCAGGUGUUUUAUCAAGGUUUUUACUAUGAAGGUUUAGUAAAACGUUGCCAGAGAAAGAUUUCUAUUUGGAAUUCCAAUGAGAUGCCUGUAAUAUUUUAAAAACAGGUUAGCUUUGUUUAUUUCUUUAUUUCUUUAUUUCUACUAAUUCUAUGCCAAGUUCCCACGCUGAGGUGUAAAGGUCACGUGGGGUUGCUUAGCCAAUCGGACUCCACUGAAUAGCUUCCACGAAGCAACGGAAUGCUGCUGUAAUAAACAAAAAAAUAGCAGUGAGAGCGCGUGGGACGGAGCGCUGAUAGGUGAUUGGUUGGUGCUCUGAGUGAUUGACUAUGGCUCCGCCUCCUUGUGUGUGUGUCGUUAGGGUGAGUGGCGGAGGCAGGCUGACGCCAUGGCGCUGUUCCGCACACUUUCUCUACCGACUUACUGGACUUCUUGGACUCGCUCUAACUAAACCGUUCGCGUUCAUACACAGUUCGGGGUCUCGGGGUUUCACUCGUGUCCAUGGAUUUUUAUUUCGUAAGACGGAAGAGUUGUCUUAUAAGCGAUUUUAUCCGACAUGUUUGUGCUAACUGGAGUCAGGUGAAUGAAGCGGUUGUGUUUGUAAACUUUUAGCUUCUUCUGCUAGCUCAUAGUCUGAGGAAACGACACCAUACGGUGUGGAGAAAGUCUGUAAAGUAAACACCGACCUUUUUAAACACGUUUUGUCAGCUGAAACACGUGAGCGUGUGUUCGGUUUGUACGUUUAUUCUGUGUUUUAGUGAGCAGGUAGCACGAAGUUUGCACCUGUACGUUAGCUAACGUUAGCACGCGAGCUAAUAAGUCCAUAGUGGCCUUUACAAAGCGGGUCUUGUGUCUGUUUUACUUUAGCGACAGUUAAGUGAAGUGAAAACGUUUUAGUUUAUAAUACAGAUGUGACUGGUUGUAACAGGACUCGUGUGUGUGUCACUGAGGUUUGAGACGCUCUACAGUCUCAGGCUGGUUUAACGUGGUUUAGGGGCAAUGGGCAAACACAGACAGGUCAGAGUCAGACCCGUUAACGGAUAAGACGCAGACUGGUCCGCGUCCACGCGCCCGUUUCCCCGGUGGUUAUUGCAUGUCUCGAGCGGUAACGCGACCCCAGUUUACGUUCAUUCUCCGCUCGGACAUCAGCGCACCUUAUGGUGCCGCCGCAGACGCCGAGUCAUGGAUGUUCCCCGGGCCGUUUUCCCGAACGGUGAGGGGCGACUAGCGGAGCAUGGCUGGCCGGAGAGCUCCACUUCCUCCUCUUCCUCAUCCUCCGCAGCUGCCGGGAACUCUCGCGCGCACUCGGCGCCGGCGCGCACGCGCUCGUUGUGGACUGCGGCGUACGACUACGAGGCGAGCGGCGAGGACGAGCUCAGCCUGCGGCGCGGUGACGUGGUCGAGGUGCUGUCCAAAGAUGCGGCCGUGUCAGGCGAUGAAGGCUGGUGGACCGGCAAGCUCAAUCACCGCGUGGGGAUUUUCCCAUCUAACUACGUCACCUACCAACCGGCUGUGUACAGACCGGCGGCGGUGUCCUCACCAGCAUCUUCAGCGUCAUCCGCAUCACGAGAUCCUUUAAACAUUCCGUUCAGCGAGCUCGUGCUCGAGGAGAUCAUCGGCGUCGGCGGCUUUGGUAAAGUGUACCGUGGCACAUGGCGCGAGCAGGAGGUCGCCGUGAAGGCGGCGCGCCAGGACCCGGACGAGGACAUAACCGCCACCGCGGAAAGCGUCAAGCAGGAGGCCAAGCUGUUCUCCAUGCUGCGCCACCCCAGCAUUAUCCGGCUCGAGGGCGUGUGUCUGGAGGAGCCCAACCUAUGCCUGGUGAUGGAGUACGCGCAAGGAGGCACGCUGAACCGCGCGCUAACCGGCAGACGCAUCCCGCCACACAUCCUGGUCAACUGGGCCGUGCAGAUAGCCAAGGGCAUGCAGUACCUGCACGAGGAAGCCGCCGUGCCCAUCAUCCACCGUGAUCUAAAGUCCAGCAACAUUUUAAUACUUGAAAAAAUUGAGAACAAUGAUAUUGGUAGGAAGACUCUGAAGAUCACUGACUUUGGCUUGGCUAGAGAGUGGCACAAGACUACCAAAAUGAGUGCUGCGGGCACAUACUCGUGGAUGGCUCCUGAGGUCAUCAAAUCCUCUCUUUUCUCCAAAGGCAGUGAUGUAUGGAGUUAUGGGGUGCUUCUCUGGGAGCUGCUGACAGGAGAGGUUCCAUACCGUGGAAUUGAUGGGUUGGCAGUAGCCUAUGGAGUAGCUGUCAACAAGUUAACCCUCCCCAUUCCAUCCACCUGCCCUGAGCCUUUUGCUAAGCUCAUGGAAGAAUGCUGGGAGCAGGAUCCCCACAUCCGACCGAUGUUUGCUACCAUCCUGGAGCAGUUGACUGCCAUAGAGGAGGCUGUGAUGGCCACCAUGCCACAGGACUCUUUCCACUCCAUGCAGGAGGACUGGAGGGUGGAGAUCCAGGAGAUGUUUGAUGAGCUACGAACGAAAGAGAAGGAGCUGCGCUCUCGUGAGGAGGAACUGAUGCGGGCGGCACUGCAACAGAAAUCUCACGAGGAACUGCUGAAAAGGAGAGAGCAACAGCUUGCUGAGAGAGAGAUCAAUGUGCUGGAGCGUGAGCUCAACAUUCUCAUCUUCCAGCUGAACAAGGACAAGCCCAACGUCAAGAAGAGGAAGGGCAAGUUUAAGCGCAGUCGCCUCAAGCUGAAGGACGGCAACCGCAUCAGCUUGCCAUCAGAUUUUCAGCACAAGAUCACAGUGCAGGCUUCGCCAUCGAUGGAGAAGAGGAGGAGUUUGAACAGCACCAGUUCCAGCCCUCCCAGCAGUCCCACACUAAUCCCUCGCCUCCGGGCAAUUCAGUUGAUCCGUUCCUGUGACUCUACACAAAGGAACAGUAUAUAUGUGUAUCACCAAGAUGUGGAUAUCACAAACGAGUGUAAACCUUGUACAGGGAGGAAAGUGACUCUGGAUGAGAGCAACAGGACAUGGGGCAGGAGCACCAUCUAUAAGCCUGAGGAGUUUGAAGAUGCUAGGAAAGGCAUAAAGAAGAAGGUUCGCACGUGGGGUCCGAGCUCCAUUCAGACUAAAGAGAGAGGAAGCAGUGCUGAAAGAGUUCGGCCCCUCUCAGAUGGGAACAAUCCUUGGUCCACUACUCCACUGAAAUCCCAGAAAUCUGUUCCACUGGCUGCAUUAUUUGCCGAACAGGGCACGGCUAAAGAUGAAACAAGCUCUCUCGACAGUUCAGACAGCAAACCAAAGCAACUCAAGUUCCCCAAUCAGGUCUACAUUGAUCUACCUCUGUGGAAGGACGAGCAGAGCGAGGUACCUGGGGUCAGUGUAGGGGGUGGGACAGAGAGCCAGGAAGAGCCAACCACAUCCACCAGUUCAACAAGUACAACACCUCAACACACACCCACUAACAGCCUGAAGCGGGCGGGUGGGAGGCGCCGUACAGACACUGUGCUGCACAGCUGUGCCUCACUCCUAGCUGCUGUGGCUCUGGGCCUGGACCUGCGUGAUGCCCAUAAGGCCACACCUACUGAUGAGGUGGAGCCUCGAGAAGACCGGAAGAAGCGGGAAGGCCUGUUUCAACGUGCCACGCGUUUCCGACGCAGUUCCAGCCCACGCAGGGACGACAACCUGCUGGUCAUGUCCUCAAUCUCAGAGUGCAACUCCACUAAGUGUCUCCUUCACCCAGACUCUGAGAGUCUCGAACAUAGCCCUGUAACUGGGGCACAAGUCAAUGGCUUUGGAUUCUACAAUAUCAGCCAGAGCAGCAGAAAUGUGAACAGAACUGAUCUGUGCCCUCCCCCUCCUAUAGUACCAGAUCAUGGCACCAACUCUGGGUCCCGUCUCAGGAGGAAGAAAUCCAGUCCUGCUGUCUGUCAGAAUACAGCUGGCACAAACUGUUCUAAUGCUGCUGCUGAAGUCCCUAUAGUGGCAUCCUUACAGAAAAAGCAAGCUGACCGAGAGAGCAGCCAAGAAAAGCAGAGUGCUUCCGACUCCCUCUCCAGGCCCAGGCCGUUGUCUCUGCGAGUCAAACCUCACUGCUGGGGACUACUGAGGAGCAGAAACAAGAGCUAUUCUCUAGGUCACUGCUCUGGAGAGAAGACUGCACAGAGCCUGGGCAUCAUGCUGUCCCCUGAGGUCAAAAUGGGUUGCUCUCUCUUAGACAUGGACACUGAGGGACAGAAACGUGACUGCACCGUCCCCCUUUGCCGAAUCCAGAGCACACCAAGUCGCCCGUCUGCCUUUGAACUGGAAAAGGAGUUCUUUUCUUGAAACGAGCCUCCUCUCCUUUCGCCUCCCUUCCUUUUCUCUCCUCUCACCUCCCUUCCUCUCUUCACCUCCCUUCCUUUCCUCCUCUCUUCACCUCCCUUCCUUUCUUUCAAUCUCACCUCCCUUCCUUUUCUCUUCUCUCUCCUCCCUUCCUCUCUUCGCCUCCCUUCCUUUUCUCUUCUCUCACCUCCCUUCCUCACCUCUAAUCUCCUCUCCUCGCCUCCUCUCCUCUCAUGUGUGCAGGACUCGCAAAACAUUGUGGCAUUCAUGCCCAAUCUAUUGCUGCUGGAGUUGUCAUGUUAUAUGUUUUGUCUGUUUGUAUUUUGUUUGUUUUUUUAUUUAUAUUCAGUUUAUUUUGAUAAGUAAUUUAAUAUGAAAAGGACAUAUGAGCAAAAUGAUCAGCAUUCCGUUUUACUGUAGAAUGGCCAGUGCGUAGCCGAUUAUGUUUUUACACUACCACAUGUGCACAUUACAUGUUUAAAAAAAAAAAAGUCGGCAUAUUACUGUACUUUAAAAUUUUGUAGGUGUUAAUUUUAUUUGUAUUAGAAACAAAGUUGUUUAUUGAACCUCGAUAAUCCUGGAUAUUAGAGUUUAUUCUGAAUUUAUAUAGAUUGAAUGUGUGGAAUUUUUUUUUUUUUUUUAUAAAAUAUAAUCCUGCAGGUUUUUGCCUCCUGGUUGAUCAGAGUAUAGAGACAUUGCUGUAUGGUGCAGAUAUGAGCGAACGUGGAAUCGGGCAUCUGUAUUUAAAAUGUUAGUUCCCUGAGGAAGUCACAUGGGUCAUGAAAUCCAGUGACUUCCCCUCCAUUGCUUGCUAAGUAUCUGUAACAUUUACACUUCUUAACCCUGAGUAAAACAGUGCAGUCAGUAUUACAGCCUCUUGGUGGUCUCACUGUUAUUUGGCUUCCCCUCACCACAGAGUUUGCUGCUGUUGUUUGCUUGAUGCUCUAGUUCCCAGGUGACCUUUUCCAUUUUUUGUUUUCCCCACCACAUCUGCGAAACAGGUGCAGGUUGAGAUUAUGCUUCUUCCCUGCUUGUGAUAGUUCUGUUUUCUUUUACCAUGGCUGGUUAAACUGUUAUUACUUCCUAACUUACUAAGUUUACAAGCUGUAGAUGCACUGUGGUUCCAGUCUUUUCACACGAUGGGCACAGAAAGCCUUUGUUAUUCAGUUAGGAGGAUGUGAGGAUCGGACCAAUCUGCUUCUAAAACACGGACUGCCAUGCCUUUGACAAUAUACUAUAAGGUUAGAAGGUGUCAUUGAUGCUUUUGGUUUAUGUGAACAGUGUGUUUACUGUGUUACCUGAAAAGCAGGUAAUAAAUUCAAUAACAGAAUGGUAGUGAUUACUGAACCAGCAGUUUUGUUUUUUGUUUUUUAAAGUCAAGCUUUAUUACAAAUCUGAUGUUUUAUAUAUGGUUUUAGCAGACCAAAAUGUAAUUGGAAUUUGAGUAGCAUUUUCCUGUUUUGAUCUAUGAAUUCCUUUUUAAUGUUCUUUUCUUUCUUCCAACUGUUAGCUUCUCUCAUUCUUCUGAACUGACUGUUAAAUCAAAGGCUUCCCUGUAUUGCAAUUUCCCUACUGAAGACCCCUAUUUUAGCUCCUUAUGUGUACUUUGAGCUGGCACAAACACCGAGGUUUUAGCCCAAAGCUCAGUGAAGCUAAACGACCAGGUAUAAUCUGAACCAUUUCCACAAUGUUUCCUUGUAAGUGUUCCUUAAAGUGCUACCAGUCGUAAGACCUCACUCUUUCCUUACGUCUAUUAAAGCUACAAAAAUAAAAUCUGCUGAGAGGAAAUUUUUGUUUAAAGACUCACAGAACCUUCAGGUAUGUUCAAGAGUUUAUGCAGUCCACAGAUUGAUUUGAUUUUUAUACAUUUUGUAACAUCAUCUGCUUAAACUGAGUAUGUAUUAAAAAACUGUAUAAAAAAAACGUGGGGCUGAAAUAUGUCACUUUUUUAUAAGAAGAAAAAUUGUCAUUCUGUGAACUUACUACCCCAUGCAGGUGAACAUCACUUGUCAUUUGGAGCAUAAGUUUUGGACAAAAUGUUAGAACAUGCCCUGUGAUCAUCUCAUAAAAGCUUCUUAUGUAGCACUGUGAUUUUAUAUAGUGAUUGUUGACCAUGAACUGCUGUUUUACAAGAUUUAAGUAUUUUUUUUUUAUGCGAAAUUAAUGUAAUUAUUAUGAUGAUGAUGUCUUACAAAACACCAGUGAGGCUGGAACUGCAGUUGCACAUUUGAUUACGUGAAAAAACACUGAAUUGUGUGGUUCAGGAUACUGUAAUUAUUUUUUUUACUAAAAUGAAGUAGUAGCGUGUCUGUAGGAAAAGUACCAGAUGUUGAUUUUAUUUUAUUUUUCCCCCCCUUUUCUCCUCUUGCUCUUCCUCUUCCCAACAGUUAUAACUGCAGAUUUAAAAAAAAAGAAAGAAAAAAAACACAGCACAUGGAUACUAAAAAAGCCACUGGAUGAACUUCUCACCAAAGUUGCCCUUUCUCUCCAGCAUUUUGGUUUGUGAAUUUUUUUUUUUUUUUUUUUUUUUAAUAAACAAAGGCAAUAUUUGUUACAUGGAUCACAUGUACUGUAUAUACAUUAUGAUUUUGAGGACUUGCUCAGUUAUUUUAGUGCCUGUCUGAGCCACAUGACCAAAUCAAUGUUGAGGUGGUUUGCUGGUACUGUAUUAGAUGACAGCAUCAGUAACUGUUGAAAAGGAUUCUUUCUGAAAUCACAAUUGUACUCAAGUGAUCAAUAAAUCCUUUAUUCCUCAUUUUACCUGA